AUCAAUCUGUUGAUGUUUUAUGUUCAUCUUUAACAUGUCCAGUGAUGUAAUGGAACUUUCACUCAAUAAAGAACAAGUAAAUGAUGACAGAAUUUUCAUUUUUUUGUUGAACUGUCUAUAUGAAGCUUCAACGGCUAAAAAGUGUGCAAACACAUGUUUUACUUUUGCCUUUAAAUAGUGUAUCCGCAGUAUUGCUUCAUCCUUUCAGACCUAACUUAUUUCUUACUUGACUGAAACUUACUUUAUCUGAAAUGACUUGUGUGUGACCACUGUUCUAAUGCAAAGUCUCUGAAUACAUUUUGGGGUUCGUACGCACAUCAUGUCAUUUCUAAACCUAAGACCAUCAUGACAUUUCUGAGAUAACCACACAUAGAAGCUGUGAAAUAUGCACCCAAAGGAGGACAAGAGGUAAAGACAGAGUGAAAGAGAGGGGGUGGAGGAAGACACUGGGUGGAGUCUGUCUUCAUCUGAUGUCUGAAUAAAAGAGGAUUGUACACGUUUUAGAGAGAGAGAGAGAAGGAGUGAGAGACAGAGAAACAGCUUGGCUCUAAACAUCUAAAGAAAGAACUUACACUCCCCUUGAAGAGGCACUCAAAGUAAGCAAUCACACUACUUAUUUAGAAAAUAAAUUGAUCUGUAAUCUGGAAAUCUGGUGUGUGCAUGCGUGCAUGCAUGAAAGAGAGAGAGAGGCAGACAGAGACAGUCAGCUGAAGGGUUUCUUGACUCAGCUCAUCUCUCUUUAGGUCAGAUGUUGAGUGUUUGUGUGCUGUGGUCACAGUGUUUGUGUGUCUGUGGAACAUGUGAUCAAGAAUUCUGCUGUAUUGAGUUUCAUUCUUACUGGUUUUGUUCAUCUGAAAUCCCACAUCAGACCGAAACAUAGUCAACCAAACUUGAAGAAUAAAAAAAACAUAAAAACAUUAUUGCUCAGAGGCUAUUUGAGGUUUUCAUUCAACUAUUUGUAAGUGUUCGCAUUAUCUAAGAUGUUUUCUCCUUAUUUCUUUUUAAAGAAACCAAAAGAUAAGAUUACUAGAGUGCUUUUUCAGAAGAGAAAUCUCAGAAGUCUCUUUCAGCUAUACUGUUGGUUUAAUUUGAACAGUUUUGAUUUUCUUUAUUUUUAUUUCUUUAUUUAAAUAUUGAUGCUUUAACAGUUUAUAAAAAGGGAAAUGCUUUCUGCCAAAGCAGGUCAGUGCAUUUAUACACCGUGCCGGCAUGAUCUACAAGUUAAGCUACAGGAACACUAACCUUAAACUACAACUUAGUAACACCCAACAUCAAAGCAACCCCUUAAAAAUCCUUAGAAACCAUAGAAAAUACUAUGCGGUGGGUUUUGUACGAAAGGGCACCACUCACAUUUUUUUGUAAAUCUACAGUACAUUGUAAGAAUGUAUUGUUUGUCAUUUGAGCAUCUUUUCUGUCCUCCACAGGUGUCAUACUUUGUUUUUAAAAUGCCAUCUAAAAUCCCAGCGAACGACAGCGUGACCGUACACACAGAGGAGCAUGGGUGGAUCAGAACCAGCGCGCAGGCAUCACUACCCAGAAACUUCCGGUUUACAUAUCACAAUCAGAAGGUUCAGGGUGUUUGUACUACAACAGAGGUUCCCGCAGGGACACGGUUUGGCCCGCUGCAGGGAGAUUCUGAAGACACACCGUCAGACAUCCACGGACAUCACAUCUGGACGAUCUCAGAGGGGCGUUUACAUCACUUCCUGUUCCAUAAGGAUGAGAGCAGCAGGAACUGGAUGUGCUUUGUCAACGCUGCCCCGUCUCCUUGGCAACAGAAUCUUGUAGAACGCCAAGUCGGGAUGGAGAUGUACUUCUAUGCAGUAAGACAUCUGAGGCCAGGGGAGGAGCUACUUGUGGGGUGGAGACUGGAAUACGACGUGCCAAUCACAAGUCUCAGAACUUCCUCUCAGACUUCAGUUUGUGUGGAGAGACAGAAUCCAGUGAAUAAGAGAAAAAGAGGUCAUACCAUCACUGAGAUCCUGGAGUCUGACUACAGUUUUCCCAAUCCACCUCUUCUUAAAGAAAGUUACAGCCUCCCAUCUAAACAUGAACCUAAAAGUAGAAAAGCAGAUCUGAACUCAAUCGGCACGCACCAGAAAUCUUCGCUGACCGAAGUCAUGCCUGACAUCUCCAUAGGAGGUCUUGCAUACAUGCCUACCAUCCCACAAUCCCCUCUGCCGAGGCACAUCUCACCUAGCGUUCAAAACGUGCCAUUGCGCCAGCCGUCACCACACCUAUCCCAUAAUAUUCCCUUUCCACCAAUCCGCAUGCAUCCAUGUUUUUUGAGAGUGGCAUCAAAUGAGAGUGACCUUCCGUUAGUGAACAGAAACGACUCCAGUACUCACAGUACCUCAUCUUUAAAAGAGGACUGAAACCGACCCACGACCUCACCUUCAUCUCUUAGCAAUACAGCCAAUCUCUCUCCUGGUUCAUCUGCUGAGGUAACCAAUGACAUCACAGCCGAGAAAGACUCACCUGAGGUGGGUGUGGCUGCUCGCACCUCUAGCUCCGCCCACCAUGACACCCCAGGCUCCCAGGAUCCAUGUGUGAAACCGGGCCAGACAAUGGGAUAUCAUGCCCUAGCGUACCCGUUACAGAGACAGAAUGGAAAGAUCCAGUAUAAAUGUAACGUGUGUGAAAAGAACUUCAGUCAGCUCUCAAAUCUGAAGGUACACUUGAGAGUUCACAGCGGCGAGAAACCGUACCGGUGUGUUACCUGCAAAAGAAACUUUUCCCAACUAGCUCAUCUUCAGAAACACACACUGGUUCACACAGGAGAAAAACCUCAUGAAUGCCAUGUGUGUAACAGGCGUUUCAGCAGCAGCAGUAACCUGAAGACACACCUGCGUCUUCACUCGGGCGAACGGCCGUAUGUCUGUAAGCAAUGCCCCGCUCGCUUCACCCAGCACAUCCACCUGCGCCUGCACAGACGCCUGCACGCCUCCCCACGUCCUCACCAGUGUCAGGAGUGCCUGCGCAAGUACACAAACCUGUGCAGCCUGCAGAUCCACUCGCACCAGUUCUGUCCCGCCACCAGCCUCACAGGCUCCGCUUCUCAGCUGGUCCUAGCCAACGAAGAGCUCGAGAGCUUCGACGUGAGUGAUGCCGCACAAAUCCUUGAGGUUGCCAUGGAGAUGGCAUCCGUACAGAGAAUGUGUCAGUUGAUCUGGGCGCGGGUAGUUGCAGUUCCGUCUGUCCUCCAGCAGGGGGCAGCACAAACGCGAUGGGAAGAAGGCCUGUCAUGAGGAACAAUGACAAGAUACCGUUCACUUUCUGAAAGAAACGUCGGUUGGUUAAACAUGAGCAAUAAAUGCAAUCAAAAACAGCUUGCCUACAUACUGUUUAGGAUAUUUAAUUAUGUUAACAAAAGUUGUCUAUCUCUGCAUAUACUGUAGUAUGCCAGUUUAUCUCCCUUGAAUGCAGAAUUUCUAUUGCACUGUUGUUCAAACUUAUCUUUCCUCAGAGUAAAAAUUAGGCUAUAUGACAUCAAAAAGUGUGUGACAUAUCACUUUUUUCUUUCAAAUGUAUACAUUUUGAUAAUACUAGUUUUUAUUAUUUCAUUGUUUAACUCUUAAGGUUUGAAUAACCAUAACUUGUUGUUGCAUUGUACUGAAGGAUGUGAUCUCAGGGAUUUGUGUUAUUAUACUGUUAAAUUAUUGGCAAGUGACAAUAAAGCCUUUUUAUCAGUGGUUCCUAGGACAAGAAUAUUUUUUUCAUAUAUCAUACAUGCAUGUUGUUGUCACCAUGUGUUUAGUAUGUUGUUGAUUUAUACAAUUUCCCUUGAUCAAAACUGUGGUCUUUGUAUGUUUACUUUGCCAUUUUUGCUCUUACAUUAAUUACUUUCACUGCAAAAACCUAUAAUACAUUUUUGUGACUCACUUUCCAAAUUAAGUGUAGCUAAAAAAACGAACUAAUAUAUUAUGCAGUAUUGUAUUAUUAGAAUUAUGAAAAUAAAUGAUU